AAGAAAAUAAUAAAAAAAGCACGAGUAAAAAGAAAAUUUUAUAAAAAUUAACAAAAAUUUUCAUAAAAUAAGAAAAAGAAAAAUCCAUUAACAUAUUUCAAAGUUUUUACCAUUAUAAUAAAUAGAACCACAAUAUAUUUAUUAUAAUUGCACGCGUGCUAAACGUCAUUAGUUGAUAGAAGUAUAAAAACAUAUGCCUGCAGCGUUAGCAGCAGCAGCAGAAAAUUUGACAAACAAGCAACAACAAAAAGCACGAGGUUUUGUGUGAAAGAAUACAUUGAAUAAAAGUGGUUUUUAAACUAGAAAAAAUAUUCGUUAAAAAUGGUGCCUAUAGGACCAGUUCAUGGGGGACAUCCGGGAGUACAUGCCCCUCAACCUUUGCCUACAGCACCCAGCGGACCAAAUACUUUGCAAACUUCAUCGCAGGGUAAUACUUCCUCUUCGUCGAACAAGAGCUCUUUGUCCAUCAAACCCAAUUAUACUUUAAAGUUUACUUUGGCUGGACACACUAAAGCGGUGUCGGCAGUUAAAUUUUCUCCCAACGGUGAAUGGUUGGCUAGUUCAUCGGCUGAUAAAUUGAUAAAAAUUUGGGGAGCCUAUGAUGGCAAAUUUGAAAAAACCAUUUCGGGCCAUAAAUUGGGUAUUUCCGACGUAGCCUGGUCUUCCGAUUCACGUUUGUUGGUGAGUGGCAGUGAUGACAAGACCUUAAAAGUGUGGGAAUUAAGUUCCGGCAAGUGUUUGAAGACCCUAAAAGGUCACAGCAACUAUGUGUUUUGCUGUAACUUUAAUCCGCAAUCGAAUCUUAUUGUUUCGGGCAGCUUUGAUGAGUCGGUGCGCAUAUGGGAUGUGCGCACUGGCAAGUGUCUGAAAACUUUGCCCGCCCACUCGGAUCCUGUUUCGGCAGUACAUUUCAAUCGUGAUGGUUCUCUGAUUGUUAGCUCCAGUUAUGAUGGUUUGUGUCGCAUUUGGGAUACCGCCAGUGGACAAUGUUUGAAAACUCUUAUAGAUGAUGAUAACCCGCCUGUUAGUUUUGUUAAAUUCUCACCCAAUGGCAAGUAUAUAUUGGCUGCCACUCUGGACAAUACCUUGAAAUUGUGGGAUUAUUCUAAGGGCAAAUGUUUGAAAACCUAUACUGGCCAUAAAAAUGAGAAAUAUUGUAUAUUUGCCAAUUUUUCGGUUACAGGGGGCAAGUGGAUUGUUUCGGGCAGUGAGGAUAAUAUGGUUUAUAUAUGGAAUUUACAAUCGAAAGAGGUGGUGCAAAAGUUGCAGGGACAUACGGAUACUGUUUUAUGUACGGCCUGUCAUCCUACAGAGAAUAUAAUUGCUUCGGCGGCUUUGGAAAAUGACAAAACCAUAAAAUUAUGGAAGAGUGAUACAUAAUUUUAUACAUUUUUAACAAUUAGCUACAACUUAAUGUGUAUUUUAAUUUUAGUUUCUUUUCUUAUAAUAAGGCUCCAACAAAACAAAAGAAAUUUGCAUUUCUUUAAAAUAAAAUUUCAAAUUUUCCAUAAAAUUUAUA